GAGCGUUCGGUGUAACUUCCCAAGCCGACGAAUGAGCCAAGUCGACGUCCCGUACACGAGCCAGCGGCUGCGCUUCGUGGUCGAGCCGGCGCUGGCCGACGAGAUCCAUGGCGGAACGACUGCAUUGCGCAAGGGUUGCCACCUCGGCGCGCUCGCCGAGCAGGUCACGCCGGGCACGACGCCCGAGCGCGACGCGUUCCUCGCAUGGAUGAAGGCGGCGAGUGGCAUUCAGACGGACCGCGACUUUCGGUCGGCGCGCGCGCUACUGGAGCUGCUCUACCACACCUUCUCGGCGCACAGCGUCGACAUGGCGGACCUCGCGAUCGGUGCCAUGACGGUGCUCGACGGCUCGACCGAAGACAAGCUCCGCACGGCACUGCAGCUCGUGACCACGGACGACGUCAUCACCGAAGGCGACCUCGUGCGGGUUCUAAGCGGCUUCCUCCUCGGGCUCUACUGCCUCUUUGCGGGCAAUGCGGACGAAGACAGCCACGCGCCCGACGCGAUCGUCGAGCUUCUCACGCACAGCGCCACCAAGACCGUCCAAGGCCUCUUGGAGCAGACGCCGACACUGACGUUGGAGCACAUUUGGGACUGGUACCUCCUCGUGGGGGCCACGGAGGCGCCGUAUCUCAAGCUGCUCGACAUGGAUCGGUGGAAUGUCACCGAGCAACGAAGCGCCAUGGCGCCACCGCCGAGCAGCGCGGGUGACGGUGUUCUCUUUGGCUUUGUCUCGGACUCGCACGUGCUUGGCAUCCACGAGGCGCAUGCGGUCGAGCUCGAGGACCUCCUCAUGGCGACGCGCUUCCCCGUGCUGUCGCCGCAAACGCUGUACGACACCUUUCUGCACCACACGCUCGACGGCUGGCUCGACGAGCUCACGUUCAUCGAGAGCGUCAACGAGCUCACGUGCAUGACGUGCACCAACCAUGUCAUGGACGACGACAAGUUCAUGGGCGCGGUGCGGUCGCUCUUCAAGCAGUACCUCGGCGGCGCGCAUAGCAAGACGACGGUCGACGCGUUCGAGCUCGCAGCAGGCUUUAGCCUCUUCGCCCACGGCUCCAAGAGCGACAAGCUCGCGGCCGGCUUCCACUUCUUCGACACGGACGACCUCGGGUACCUCUCCAAGGGCCAACUCUGGCGCUUCCUGCGCUCAGUCAUCCUCACGAUCCUCGGCCUCGCACCGCCGGCCAUGCCACUGCCGACGUCGUCGAUCCUUGCGUUUGUCGAUGCAGGCGGCGCGGCGAUUCUGGACGCGCUCGAUGCGCCAACCUACACGUUCGAGACAUUUGGCCGGUGGUACAACCAAGGCGGCUUCCAGCUCGUGAGCUGGCUCGAGCUCCUCGACCUCAAGAAGUGGACGUUCGUCUAUGGCGACUUUAACACGUCGAUUUUGGACAAGACGCCGGUGCAGCCGGUCUCGGCCAGCAUGUACUACACGGCCAAGAACAUCCGUGCGACCAACCAAAAAGAGGCUGGCUCCAACGACACCAAUCCGGUGCAUAGCGGCUUGCUUCCCCUCGACUCGAUCCCGGCGCUCUGCCUCAAGAACGACGUUGUCCUCGCCUUUGAUCUGCUCCUCGAGUCGGACAUGCACCCGGUCCAGAACCUCGCGUUCGACAAUGGCGAUCUGCUGCACUACGCGCAGCUGCAGCGCAACACGGGCUUGUAUGCGCUUGACGUCCCUUCGGUGCACAAUACGUUUGCCAACUACAUUGACGUGCACAACGGUCUCGCAACGAUCGACAAAGGGCGGUUUGAUGCGUGCAUGGCUGCGCUGCUGCCGGAGGCGCGCGACCUCUCGCCGCUCGCUGCACUCUUCUUUGCGUUCAACCGGACCGGCACGGGGACACUGGACGCGACCGAGUUCGUCUCGGGCUUUCUCCUGCUCUGCGGCGGCUCGAAGAGCACCAAGCUCGCGUUUUGCUUUGGACUCUUUGACGAAGACGGCGACGGGUUCCUCACGCGCCGGGAAAUGUGGAAGUUUCUGCGCUCGUUCCUGACGAUGCUGCUGGCGCUCGGCAACGGCGCCGACUUGUCGGCCGACACGAUCGGCUACAUCUGUGACGCCGCGUGCAUCUCGAUUGCCAAGUCGAUCUUCAACGAGUCCAUGAGCGGCGACGACCUCGUGCUGCGGUCCAAAGUGGCGUUUGCCGAAUUCGCCGACUGGUACUCGGAGAAAGGAUACGCGCUCAUUCCGUGGAUCGAGCUCUUGGAUGCAAAAAAGUGGCCCAUCGUCGACGCCACGAUCGCCGACGCCGUCGACAGCUUUACCGCGUCGACGGCCGCCGGCCAAGAGAAGGAAGAGGCGCUGGUCCAGACCACGACGACGGUCGUUAGCAGCACCGGCGGGUACCCGACGACGGCGACAACGCACGACGGGUACAAGGACUCGUCGUCGGUUGUCUUCCAGUUCAAGUUGACGUCGUACGACGCGACGAUGCUCCGUAUCCGGCUACGGGACGUUGCCGUCGUCUCGACGAUCGCCGACAAGCUCCGGCUACGGUUCUUGACGUGCGAAGCGCUGUACACGAGCUUGGACAAGUUUGCGAAGGGCAAGUGCCUCACGAAAUCUGGGUUUUUGUAUGCGAUCCGGAGCCUCGCGCCCAAGGAAGGCUUGAGCAGUGAAGACCAAGAGUUCCUCUCGUACCACCUGCUCCGGCUCUUCUCGCUGUACGAGACCGAGACCAACCUCGACGGCAGCGAGGACGAUGACCAUCAUGAUGACGCGGCGACGUCAAUGCCAUCGACGUCGAUCAUGGGCAGCGCCGUCGACAAGCUCCACUUGCUCUCGGGGCUCAGUAUCCUCUGCGCAGGCUCCAAGAGCAACAAGCUCGGCGUGCUCUUCACGCUGUACGACGUGCACCGCGACGGUUGCAUCUCGCGGCGCGCGCUCUUUGAGCUCUUCAAGAGCAUCCUCGCGCUCCUCUUUUCCUUCUCGCUGGCCGAAGCCGCGUCGUCGUCGUCGAAUCUGUUUGCGGCCGAGCGGGCGGCCGGCGCACUGACGUCGCAGGUGUUUUGCGAGACGCAGUCGCGGUCGUCGAUUUCGCUUGGCGUCUUUGCCGAGUGGUACAGCGCCGGCGGGUACCAGUGCUGCCCGUGGCUCGAGCUCCUCGACCUCGGCAAGUGGCCGACGAAAGCCGCCAUGGACGCCCACGCGCGCGAGAAGCCGCUCGCGUACGCCUUUGACAUGCACGAAGAGGGCAGUCUCCUGCAGUACUCGGAGAAGGACAUUGAUAUGUAUUUGCGUAUGCUGGACGCCACGCAGUUUCCGUCGCUGCCCGUGGCCGCGAUCCACGAAGCGAUUGUCGCCAACGCGCGGGCGCAUCAUGGCACGACCGCCGACGGCCUCGUCAUCUCGCGCGCGAGCUUCUACCGCUGCAUCCGCAAGCUCAUUCCGCGUCAAGCCAUCAACGAAGAAGGCCAGCACCUCGCGUCGCGGCUGCUCGCACGGCUCUUUGGCGUCUACGACCGCAAGAAAACCGGCAAGGUCCAAGCGCUCGAGCUCGCGUGCGGGCUCACGAUCCUCGGGCACGGCUCCAAGAGCCAAAAGCUCGCGGCCGCGUUCGACCUCCUCGUGUCGCUCGCCAACAAGGGGUCGCCGCACCAGACCAAGCUGCCCCAUGGCAUGCUCUUUCUCUACCUGCGCUCGAUUCUCUUGGCGCUCAUGGUGCUGAGUGACGCGCGGUACCGGUCGGGCCUCGAACACAUGUACGUUGAGGCCGACGAGGUGGUCGGCGACGCGACGACCAAGGUCCUCUCGGAGAUCACCCUCGACGCGAGCCUCCGAACGCGCAACCGCAUCUCGUUUGAGCAGUUUGGCGAGUGGUACAACGGCGGCGGCUACGAGACGCUCUCGUGGGUCGAGCUCCUCGACGUCGCCAAGUGGCAGCACGAGACGACGACGACGACGACGCGCGGCGUCCGCGCCAGCGACAUUGGCCUCGCGCCGGCGUCGGCUCCAAGUGACCCCGUCCUGCUCGAGAUGCGUCUUCCGCGUCGGCCCUUGCGCUUCACCGCGUCGUCCAUCCAUGGGCUCCGCGAGUGCUUGGUGCAUUUGGAGCUGCACUUGUACGCGCCGCUGCAGCUCGUGACGGUGCUCAAGAGCUUUCUGAAGCGCCACGAGGCGCCGUCGACCGACCUCCUCUCGCCGACGGUGCAGGUGGCGCUGACCAAAGACCAGUUCCGCAGCGCGCUCCUUCAACUCUGCGCGACGCACGCCCACUGCACCAACAGCUACGUGCUGCGUUUUGCGGACGCGGUCUUUGCAGCCUUUGCCAAGGGACACGAGACGGACGCGCGCAUGAUCCGGCGGCGCGACACGACUGUGCCCCUCGUGCACCUCUUGUGCGGCCUCAUGGUCUUCACGGAUGGGUCGCUGCUGGAGAUCCUUCUGCAUGGCACCGCGCUGCUCUGCUUUACAGCGUUCACCGAGCAGCUGGUCGACGAUGUGAGUGCCCAUCACUUUGUCCCGCGCGCCAUCUUGCAGCUCUGCCUUGAGAACUUUCUCAAGAUGCUCUAUGCGACCAGUAGCAGCAUACUAUUGGACGUCGAUGAUGGCGACGACGGCAGCGCGACGGCCGGCGCGAAAGCGUGCGUGAGCGGGUUUGCGCCCGGGGGGCCUGACGAGAUGGUCGCGAUCGAAGCCUUCUGCAGCUGGUACCUCGAGCGCAACGAGCACGACUGGCUGCGUCUCGUGGUGCUGGAAAACUGGCCGCCCGAGCUCCUUGAACUCAACCUCGCCAACCGCGCGUCCCAGGCCACCUCAUAA